ACCGGUUGUUCCUGCACAGAUGACAACUUGGGAAGGUCUUUACUAUGUAUGGAAACCUCCAUGAGAAACAUACCAGAGGACAUCCCACAUGAUUUCACAAAAAUCCGGAUUGAAAACUGCCACCUGACUGAGUUACCUCGAGGAUCUUUCUCGAAAGUUAGUGCCUUAGAGUUCCUGUGGCUGAAUUUCAAUGAUAUCACCCUGAUGAACAUACAAAGCCUGGAUGGGCUGGCUAACCUGACUGAGCUCAGGCUGCAAGGGAACAAGCUGACCUCCGUAACAUGGACGGCCUUUCAGGACACACCGAAACUGAAGAUUUUGGACCUGAAGCACAAUCGACUGGACGUUCUCCCCGAACACGCACUGAGACAUUUACCUUCACUGACCUACUUAGAUUUGUCCUUCAAUCAGCUUAGUGUCAUAUCAAAAGAUGUCUUCAUUAAUUGGCCACUUUACCAAACAGCAGAGAAAGCGUGGGGCAAAGAAGGGCUGGUCUCCAAUGUGGUUAUGGGGCUGCAUGAUAACCCCUGGUUGUGCGAUUGCCGCCUCAAAGGCUUUGUUGAAUUCAUCAGGGAGGUCAGCCCUCCCAUCAUUCUCAUGAACUCUUAUUUGACGUGCUCGGGCCCCGCCUCCAAAGCCGACAAGUUCUUCCACGAGAUCCAGUUAAAAACAUGCAUGAAACCGGUGGCCUCUGCCCAAGAGACUAACAUCACUUUACCUCUGGGAGCAAAUGCAACACUCACAUGCUUAGUAAAGGCCAGGCCAGGUCCAACCUUUCAGUGGAUGUACCCUCUGAAGAUUAUAAGAGGAUUUGUGGCUACAGAGACUCACAUAGACGAGGAGACCUUCACCUCUCAGCUGGCGAUUCCCUCUUUUCACCUGGCAGACCGAGGACUCUAUACCUGCAUGGCCAACAACUUUGUUGGCAACUCCUCUGUCAUCAUCACGGUUAAUAUCAACCUCCCGCCACCUGUCUCCAUGUUCUCUGCCGAUGAGAACGUUCACAUUGACAUCCGCAUCUCCAAGCAGACCGUUUACGGUAUCACCCUGGAGUGGUACGCAGUAACGGGCAACCCAGCAGAAACGUGGUUCACCAUCCACUUCGGCAAAUAUGAUUCACCCAAAAAGGAGAUGACCUACAUUGGUCCCGGCAUCAACAGCUACACUGUCAGCGACCUGCUUCCUGUCACCAAAUACGAGGUGUGCGUGACCCUGAAGAAUCAUCCGCCGACGGAGGGCCAGUGCAUCGUGUUUGUGACAGGAAGUGACAUCAGUGAGCUGGAGCAAAGAGCGAGGCUCAUCCACAUUAUCGUUAUUGUGUGCGCCAUGGUGCUGGCGGUGCCGGCUGGCAUGUACGCCUGCACCACGGAGGCUAGAUUCAGCUGCGUGGAUCACUGCGUCAACCUGUGGAGGAAGCGCAGACUGCACAGCAAGAACCUGCAGGGCACGGAGAGGCAAGGAACGUUUGACAGCCUGCAGGCCGCCAGCGAUGAAAACCUGUGCAGGGACUCGGAGGAUAAGCCGAAAAAGAUGCGGAAGUCUGAGGAUAGGUGCAAAGGUGGAAGUGCAGCUCAAUUGUACUAG